AUGCGUGUGGAAACCUGUCACUUCUGCUCACGUCCGGCCUUCCCGGGCAAGGGCAUCACAUUCGUUCGCAAUGACGCCCGCCAAUUUCGAUUCUGCCGGUCGAAGUGCCACAAGAACUUCAAGAUGAAGCGCCAGCCGCGCAAGCUGAAGUGGACCAAGAGCCACCGCGCCGCCAAGGGCAAGGAGAUGAUCGUCGAUUCAUCGCUUGUGCUGUCCCAGUUCGCCAAGAAGCGCAACGUCCCCGUCAAGUACGAUCGCAACGUGGUGGCCGCCACCAUCCAGGCCAUGCAGCGUGUGGAGGAGAUCCGACAGAAGCGAGAGAGAGUUUUCACCAAGCGCCGCCUGGCCGGCAAGCUGGCCCGGGACCGCCAGCGCGAGGCGGACCGCAAGGUUGUUGCGGAGGGCGAGCAUCUUAUUCGCAAGGAGCUGCGGGAGCGCGAGGAGGGCAGGCCUAUGGUGGCCGAGCAAAGCAAGGCUGCCAACCGGGUUCACGGAGAGGACAGGUUGGAGAAGCAGCAGAAGAAGAAGUCGAGGCUUUUGGUGGAUGGCGGUGUGCAGGAGGAGAUGGAUAUCGACUGA